AUGGAGAAGUCGAGGGCCAGGCUAUCGAGUAGCCACUGGCGGCCGGGUGAGGACGACAAGCUGCGGCAGCUCGUGGACAAGUACGGCCCGCAGAAUUGGAGCUCCAUUGCUGAGAAUCUGGAGGGGAGAUCAGGCAAGAGCUGCCGGCUCCGAUGGUUCAACCAGUUGGACCCGCGGAUCAACCGGCGGCCCUUCACGGCGGCGGAGGAGGAGCUGCUCCUGCAGGCGCACCGCGCCCACGGCAGCCGCUGGGCGCUCAUCUCCCGCCUCUUCCCGGGCCGCACCGACAACGCCGUCAAGAACCACUGGCACGUCGUCAUGGCGCGCCGCCGCCGCCACUACCACUCCGGCUCCGGCUCCGGCGGUACCCUCACCGGCGAUCCCACCACCGGCUCUGUUGUACCGCCUCGUCAGCCGUCGUUUCAGUACUUCCGUUUCGGAAGCUGCCCGCCAGCGACGAUAGCGAAGACCACCCACUCGCUGUGCUUCGCGGUGCCUGCAGGUCCCGGGCCGCUCGGUCUCAGCAGACCAGGAACGUACGGUGUCAGCAACAGCAACGUGGCCGCCGCCGCUGCCGUCGUAUUGGACGGCCAUCGUCAUGACAUGAGCAAAUACCUUCUUGGCCGUGGCGAUGACAAUGGCGGUGAUGCGGUUGCAAAGAGGAAGGACGUGCAAUUCUUCGACUUCCUGGGCGUCGGGAUCUGA